AUGCCAAAGGAGGCAGGAAGGAGCGGGGCGGAUUUGCUGGUGGAGCUGCUCUGUCAGGAGUGUUCACCGUUUGCAGCUCACCUGUUUGAUGCUGAGGAUCCCAGCACCCCGCUCCGGACCAUCCCAGGCCUCUGCCCCGACUACUGCUCCCAGUUCUGGAACCAGUGCCGCCCAAUCAUCCCUUUCAUAUCAGAUUACACACCUUUAAAUCAGGCCAAAGACGAUCAGAAUCGUUUCUGCAAGCUUCUAGAGCUGGAUGAUGCUGAUUAUUGUUAUCCUCACCUACUCAGCAAUCAUAAGCUGAACCAGAACCUGGGCCGGGUUCAGAAAGAUUCUGAUGGUUGUCUGCAACUAUGUCUGGAAGAGGUGGCAAAUGGCUUGAGGAACCCACUGGCUAUGGUUCACGCCAAUGACGGUACGCAUCGGUUCUUUGUUGCAGAGCAGGUGGGGAUAGUGUGGACUUACCUCCCUGACCGAUCCAAGCUGGAGAAGCCAUUUCUGAACAUCACCAAGGCGGUGCUGACAUCAUCAUGGGAGGGAGAUGAGAGGGGCUUCCUUGGAAUCACGUUUCAUCCCAAAUACAAAUACAAUGGCAAACUGUAUGUGUACUACUCAGUGGAGGUUGGCUUUGAUGAGAGAAUAAGGAUAAGUGAGUUCAAGGUGUCAACCAAUGACAUGAAUCUGGUGGACCACACGUCAGAGCGGGUAAUUCUGGAGAUCGAUGAGCCAGCGUCCAAUCAUAAUGGAGGAAUGCUUCUCUUCGGGGAUGAUGGCUACCUGUACAUUUUCACAGGAGAUGGUGGAAUGGCAGGAGAUCCAUUUGGAAAGCAUGGGAAUGCCCAGAACAAGUCUGCCCUAUUGGGUAAAGUUCUUCGAAUUGAUGUGGACAACAACGAGAAAGGUCCGCUGUACAGAAUCCCCACAGACAACCCAUUCAUCCACGAGCCUGGCGCGCGCCCAGAGGUCUACGCUUACGGUGUCCGUAACAUGUGGAGGUGCUCGGUGGACCGGGGGCAUCCACAAACCAAAGAGGGGAAGAGUCGGAUCUUCUGUGGAGAUGUCGGCCAGAACAAGUAUGAAGAAGUUGACAUCAUCGAGGAAGGUCGUAACUAUGGCUGGAGAGCGAAAGAGGGAUUCUCCUGCUAUGAUAAGAAGCUGUGCACCAACAGCUCACUAAAUGACGUGCUGCCCAUUUACGCCUACCCUCAUAAGAAGGGCAAGUCGGUGACAGGAGGAUACGUGUACCGAGGCUGUGAACACCCCAACCUGAAUGGCAUGUACAUAUUUGGAGACUUCAUGAGUGGGCGUCUGAUGAGCCUAAAGGAGAAUACGAACUCUGGAGAGUGGAAGUAUAAUGAAAUCUGCAUGGGAAUGGGCCUGACAUGUGCCUUUCCUGGACUCAUCAACAACUACUAUCCGUACAUCAUCUCCUUCGCUGAGGAUGAAUCUGGCGAGCUGUACUUCAUGUCCACAGGAACACCGAGCGCCACGGCUCCUUCGGGAGUCAUUUAUAAAGUAGUAGAUCCGUCAAGACGCGCUCCACCAAGACGUUGCCACUACGAACCUCUUCCUGUCAGAGUCAGAAGUAACCUCAUCCAGUUUGUUCCGCAGGAAGCUUUGAUUGGGGUUGAAUUGCCAGCCGAAAACACGUCUGAAGCCGAACCCACAAGGACCUAUGACUGGCUUCUGGACCUCCUGGAUCGUCUCAGUGAAAGAGGACAAGUCCAGACCACCCCUGCUCCGAUCAGAACCACCAGAUCACCCCAAAGUCCAAAGAAGAAAGGCCGCGGUCGGAAGGGGAAAGGCAGGUCCAGAAGCAUGUCUGAGCUUCACAACGGAGUGGUGAGACUGGUCAGGGAUGAAUUCUUGCAUGGAGACCGUGGACGGGUGGAGAUCUAUGUCCACGGGGAGUGGGGUACCGUCUGUGAUGACUUGUGGUCCAUGAAGAAUGCCCAGGUGGUCUGCAGACAGCUGGGAUUCAAGUAUGCCCUAAAAGCAGCGAGGAAUGCUGAAUUUGGAGAAGGAAAGGGACUGCGGAUUCUCCUGGAUGAUGUUCAUUGCAAUGGAACAGAGUUCAGCCUGUUGAACUGCACACAUGCUGGAGUGGGACACCAUAACUGUGCCCACUAUGAAGACGCUGGAGUGAUCUGUGGGAACUCAAAACCCUCUGCAGAAGCCUAGAAGUUGGCAGCAGAAAUGGAGAAAUACUUCAAAGUAACCAAACUAAGUGCUAAAAUCAGGAAACCCUGAAACUCAACAGAUCCUCCAAGGCUCAUUAGAGGGAAGAAAUUCUUCUCAAGUCAUGACGAAAUGCUUUGAAUCGUCAAAUUGCAGCUUGUUCAGCAGAAUAAAUUCAUAUCAAGUCAUCUUGAGGUUUUAGAUAGAAUGUGGAUUCAGUUCUUUUUUUCUUUUACUUUAUUGAACGUGCCAAGUUACAAUAACAUUACAAUAAUGCAAUACCAAUAAAGAUUCAAAGCAGUGGGUUGAAGUAUAAACUUAUUAAAAGUCGCUCAAAAUGAUCUCAUCUGGUUUAUAUUAUGAAAGUAUACCUUCAUUCUACUUCCUGAUAAUGCAAUACAUCCAGUGAUAUGUUAAUAGCUCUAAUAGUAUCAACUAUGAAACAUUAAUGUUGAUGCAAACAAUGAUGUAACAUAAUGCAUCAAGACAGUUUCUCAUAUUUAGUGUAAACCAGAAUUGUUUAAUGUUUGGACAUUUUUUAAUUCCAGUCGAACUGUUUCAUAGUUUCACACCACAGACUGAAACGUUAAAACUUCUUGUGGUUCUGAUCUUACAAACUUUGAAUUUGUAUUUUCCUCCGAUUUUAAAAUCCUUCUUUUGAAAACAAUUUUUGAAUGUUUUCUGGUAACUGUUCAUUUUGUGUGUUUUAAAUAAGGCACACGCUGUAAAUUCACCAAAUCAGUAAGUUUUAGUAUCUACAAUGUAUAAAUGAUGGAUUUGUGUGAUCCAGGUACCAAGCUUUUUAAUUCUUAUUGUCCUUUUUUGCAGUUUAGUAGUUGUAAUGAAUUUGCAUAAUUAUUGGUCCAUACAUCUGCACAGUAACUGAGGUUCAAGACAUUCAACUCAUAAAUGCCCUAUGCUGAGAUCCACCUUAAAUCCACUAAUGGUACAAACGUGAUGGUUCAUAUCUGGGAUGUCUGUGAUUAUCAGUUCUUGUUUCAAUGUUUUAAAAGCAACUAAAGAGGAAAAACAAGCAACUGCAUUGACCAUGUUGAGAUCAUCUUCUAAUAUUUAAUGUUUCAGAUCUUAGAAUAAAAUUUCUGCUUUGGUCAAUCACCACUAA